UCGUACUUAUAUCGCAACAGAUCAUCAAAAGUGCACCUUUUUCAAACAUUUCAGCAUAUUUCCAAUUGUGUUAGUACAAUACACAUAAUGGCAAAAUAUCCUUUUCACUACACAAAAUAAGUGUUUCAUCUAAAUAAAUGUUUCGUUCACAGUUACUGCCUUUCAUAAUGUUAUCCCUAUAAAAUUUUUGAUUUGCAUCUCUUAUCAUUCAGUUUAAUACAUUUGUCUGUCAUUCAAUUCAACUGAUCUUAAUGUUUAAUCAAUGAAUCAUUCAUUAUGUCCAUGGAUUUUCAACUUGACUGAUUGUUGUCUGGUCAUUUGUAAGUUACACAUUGCUGCAAGAGCUUUCAAUCUAGAAAUACUAAUUGCUAAUUGUUUCCCCCUGAUGAUCACAAUUAGUUACCAUAUAAGUAGAACUGUGUUUGAGACUUUGCACUGUUCAAAUAUGGAGCAGGAUAGACUCGUAGGGAGAGGAAACCUUCAUCGAAGAGGUGGUGGUGCUCCUCGACAGAGAGGUGGGCACGGACAAAGAGGAAGAGGUGGUGGUGCUCAACGCACCAUCAUCUCUAAUGAAGUCCGGGCCAUCAUUGUUGACCAUGUGGUUAACAGAGGCUUUACCAUGUCUGAGGCUGCCAGGUUGGUACAGCCUAAUUUACAAAGGUCAACUGUCAGCUCUAUCAUCCAAACUUUUCGCCAAGAAAACCGGUAUGUCUGCUAUAGCAACUUCACUUCUAAAAAAUAGUACCCUAUUGUAUAGAUGAACAACAUGUAAUUGUCAGUUUACAGUAAUGUGAUUGGUAAUACUUCAAUAUUGACAGUAUAUGAUUGUCCUCAGAAUUAACAGGAGACAACCUGGUGGUGGUCGCCCACGUGUUUUGACUGACCAGCAGGAGUUGGCUGUGGUGGACAUGGUCAGGGCAAGGAAUGACAUACGGCUGUCUGAAAUCAAACAGGCUAUUGAGAACAGCAAUGACACCUUUGCCAAUGUGCCAUCAAUUAGCCUUCCAACGAUUGCCCGGCUUUUGAAGAAGCACCAAGUUUCCAUGAAACAAAUUUACUUGGUUCCUUUUGAGAGGAACAAUGUCCGGGUGAAACAACUGCGUUCAGAAUAUAUUCAGAGGGUGAUGGAGCUGGACGCUGCUGUGAAUCAUCACAAGUAUAUUUUCGUUGAUGAGGCCGGUUUCAAUCUGGCAAAAACUAGACGCAGAGGACGUAACCUUAUUGGACAAAGGGCUACCAUCCAAGUCCCUGGACAACGUGGGGGAAACAUCUCAAUGUGUGCAGCUAUAUCUGAAGAUGGUGUGGUAGGCUGUAGACCAGUUCUAGGGUCAUACAACACUGAACACCUGAUAGUUUUUUUAAAUGAACUGGAGCAGGCCUGUCAGGGAGAAGACAUCGUCUAUGUUGUUGUGUGGGACAAUGUCAGCUUCCACCAUGCACAGCUGGUUCAGGAAUGGUUUCAAACACAUCCUCGCUUCAUGACCCUCUAUCUUCCACCAUAUUCCCCUUUCCUCAACCCAAUUGAGGAAUUCUUCUCUACAUGGAGGUGGAAGGUGUAUGAUCGCCAUCCCCAUGAGCAUGUCUCCCUUCUUCAAGCCAUGUGUGAAGCUUGUGGUGAUAUAACUGCUGAGCAAUGUCAAGCCUGGAUUCGUCAUGCCAGGAGAUUCUUCCCACGGUGCCUGAACAACGAAGACAUCCACUGUGAUGUUGAUGAAAAUUUAUGGCCCAAUGUUAAUGACCGGCUUGAUUAAUUGUGUAAAAGUGAUGAGAAUAAAAUAAAAUGAAAAUAUAUUUUGCUUAUGUAAAUGACUUGUUUUUUUUCUCCCUUUUUCAUGUGUGUGUGUGUGUCUGUGUGUAUGUAUAUGUAUAUGUAUAGUUAUAUAAUUUUUUUUAUGUCUGAACAUAAGUGUAAUAUUUGCUGUGUACAGUUUUACAGUUCAGUUACACUCAUUCAUCACCAAGGACAAUUUGAAUCGCUUACCUUGUAUUAUUUUCUCCUGAAUGAAAUGAUUGGUAAAAGUACUAAGUUGAAAAAAGAGCUUACUGUUUUGUUUGGGUGAUUAAAGCAAAUGUUCUCAAA